AUGUAUUUUUUUUUUUUUUUAUGUAUAUAUUUAUUAAAUACGGCAAAAGCGUUAAAAUCUUCUUCUCAUCUUAAAAAAUGUCUUAACAUUUUAGUUUCAAAUGAAGGGAUAUACAGAAAGAAGUUGCUUCGACAUAAUUUGUGUGUACUCAGAAAUAGAAUAAAUAUUAAUUUUUGGAAAAAAAAAUAUUAUGAAAGAUCUAUUGAAGAAAAACUGAAUGUCAUACCAGUUUACAUUUUAACAAAUCAUAACGAUUCACCAUAUAUAUUUCAAGAAAAUGAUAAACAAGUAGUUUACUUAUUCUUAUGUCCAUAUGAUGCAGAAACUAUGCUAAAUGAAAUAAAAAAAAAUAAUGGUAUAAAAAAUAGUAGUAAUAUAAAAAUUCAUAGUAUUAGUAUGGAAAAGGCAUACAAUUUAAUAAAAGAAUUCUUACUUUUAAAAAGAAUGGAAAAGAGAAAUGAAGACAUAAAAAAGAAUAACAUAUAUUGGAAAUUAAUGCCAUCCAAAAAGCAAAUUCAAAAUGCAUUAAUUUUUUUGUCUUAUAAAAAAAAAAGUGACUUAAUAUUUCCAAUUUUUUAUGCAGAAGGAUUAUACAUACAACGUGAUUCAAAGAACAUUAUACCUUUAUUUUUUGACCUAGAAGAUUUAAAAAAAACUAUUGAAGAAAAAUUUGAAAAUUCUAACAUAAAAAAUUACAAAAUCAAAGUACUCAAUUUUGUUGAUUUAAUUUUUUCGAAUAAUCAUAAAUAUUUUGGCUUUAUACCAAGUUUUAAAAGCUUAAAUUAUUUAGAUCAAUUAAAAAGAAUUGGAAUAAAGAAAACAUAUUUUUAA